GCACGUUCGUUAGCUGCGCUUCGUCGACAUCACUGACAUGCCUACAAACAACCACACGGCCAUGGCGUACAGCAGUGCCGCCGCACUGUAGUGUAGCCAUGGCGCGUAUAGAGACAGAGCCAGCUAACGAAAUUUAACCGAAUUGCUGAAGCGGGGCCUGCCGAACUGUUCGCUUUGCCUUUGCUUUGCUUCCCAUAUUUGUAUAGCCCAUUCGGCUGCCAUCGUUGCGGUUGCUGCGCCGCUGCUGCUGCCACGGCUUCUGCUAAAUCGUCAUCGGUAGUGUUGCCAUCUGUGCUGUUGUUGUUGUUAUUAUUGCUGCUUUUGGCUGGUCUGGUGUGGCUGGUGUGGCGCACAGUGUACUAGCAAUGACGAUGACAACAACGACGUCGACGCUGUCGGCGACGCGGGCAACGGCAGCAGUGGGCAGUGGUGAUGGUGGUGUGUACAGUUUAUGCAGAGGCGUGUGUUUGUGUGCAUUUUGUGUAUAUUGGGGGCUUCAACUUCAGUUCGUAGAAAUAAUUUUCGUUACGACGAUCACACUCGUUUAUGUAUUGCGAAGACGUGAAGACGUAACGAAGGCCGCGACGCUUGAAUUUUCGCGUACAAAAUACACACAUUGGAGAAAAACGCUUACAUACAAACACUGUAACGCUAUUAGAAAAUUAUUUUAAAUAAUAAAAUUUUCAAAGCAAAAAAAAAACACAUGCAGUGCAAAGCGAAAAUAAUUCGCUGAAGAAAUAUUGUAGAGAAAUACAUAUCUAAACAAGCCAUAUAACGCAAAUAUGGAAAGAGUGAAGUGUACAAAUGUGUGACUGCAUUUGGUGUGAAACUCAAAAGGCCCCUUUACGCAGCAAAUGCUGAUAAAAAUUUAACAAAAACGAAAAAUUGGACGGGUGUGGCGCUGUGGGACAUUCGACAUCCCUGCACAUACAUACAUACAUAAACUAUUAGUAGUGAAAAAAAAAAAUUAAAUUUAAAAUUAAAGAAAAGAAAAUACAUUUCUUCGUUAUGCGGCUCGCUGCUGCCGCGUAAGCGGUCGUCGCUACCGUUUCACUGCUGUCACCGCAGUGCGUGCGUAUGUUUGUAGUGUCGUUUGUGCUGUAUUGACGCGACAAAAAAAAAUCAAAGAAAAAUAGCACACGCGUCUUGUGACAAUCAAUCAACAAGGAAAAAAAAGAAAGCCACUACAAAAAAAAAAGAAACUAAAAGCAACAGAACCACAACACAAAGUCAGGGAGAAAGCUGGCGAGGCGACACAGUUGCUCACGCGAGAGGAAUACGCAAAAUUAGUAGCCGUAAACGUUUAGCGAAAAUGUACACAUGUGUGUACCCGUAAUUUGUGAAUAGCCCCAUCCGAAAAUACAACACCCUAUAUGCCAAACAGCAUAACGCCGGUAAUUUGUAGUUUAGUGCAGAAAAUAAUAAAGAAUAAAGCUGUGCUAAUAUCAACAAAAAAGCAAGCGAUACCCUGAAAGACCUAAAAUAUUAUAAAAACCGUGUUCCUGCUAAUUCCUUCGUUUACAUUUUUUUUUUCUUCGCAUGUAUGUUCGAAAUUUGUCCAACUGAGAAUUGCACAAGUUCGAAGUUCGAACAUUGUGAUUGACGCGUGAGCGAGCACAAGCUCCAACCGCGCUUGAGCUUGCAAAACGCAAGCAAGUUCUGAAAGCAACCCUAUAUUAUCCGAAAAAAAAAACAAUCGCAAAAUUUGAGCGCGCCCAGUUGCAACAAUUUCCAUCGCAACUGCAAAUUUUUAUUUCUACCAAAAUUACAUCGUUUAACUGAAGCGCCACUAGCAUGUCCGCUGAUAUACAGAUAAUCAGCGUGAUUGGCGCCAAUGGCCAACCGCUGCCCAUACAUGGGAACAGCAUCGGCUCGAAUUGGAGCGCACCUGUCAAGCAGGAACGCGCCGACGAGGCUGAGAUCCAGGAGUUAGCGGCCAAGAUGAUGGAAACGCAAAAGGCCGCAUUGGCUAAGCAACAACAACAGGCUGCCCAGCUGGCUACGCGUCAACAAGUGGGCGGCAUGCAAGCCGGUGUAGGCAACAACAAUAAUAAUGGUCAGGCGAACAUACUGAACUACUUGACACGCCAACAGAAGCUGCCGAAUGGCACCAGUGCAACCGCCACCAAUGGCAAUGGACGAACCGGUGCAGCAGGUGCACAGCAAAAUGGCAAUGGCAGUAGUAGCGAUGCCACCGGCGAGAAGAAAGCGCCAUGCGAUGAGGAAUCACAGAAGGGACAUUUUGGUUGGACCACAUUUGGUAAAACUUACAUUCCGUACAUCUAUAGGCAGCAGGAGAAAUAUUGUUCGGUACGAAUGAUUGAGAUGAAGCUAUUGGGCAAAUAUCUCAAUUGCUUGCACCCGGACAUUUACUCCAGUUGCACCUGCGUGCGUAGCUAUUAUAUAACGGAAGCAGAGGCGCGACUUCUAAUUGAAAUUAAUAUAAAACACUGUGAUGGUGAAUUUGGACGCGACAUUUUCACGCAAAAAGAUUUGGUGGUGCGCCUUUCGGAUGCAACCAAAUUCUAUCAGUUCCUAGACAUUUGUUACCGCAAGCUCAUCUCUGGCAGCAAGUCACCCUCGGAGAAGUGCGGCUUUAUACGCAUCAAUAAGGAGAGUGUCGUGCCGUAUACGGUGCGCAACAACGAGCAAGUGGUGCCGCUCUUCUAUUUCGAAGGCGAAACUGAGAAUCUCAAACAGAAAGCCGACUAUCUCUCUGGUUGGGAUCUGGCCUACUUGAAGUUCUGCUGCAAAGUGCAGGGCAUACGCAAUGAAUUAUUCUCCAGCGAAAAUGUGGCAGUCAUUUCAUUGACAGACAUUAAAAGCUAUUUCCCCAAUGGCACCGAAUUCGAAGACUAUUGGCCCAGCAAAGUUGUCGACUCAAAUCUGCUCAUUGGCAAUCGUACAAAUGCUAAUAAUUCGGUAAAUUGGACGCGCCAACCCACGCAACCACCGCCAAAAGUGAUGCCACAAUCAAGUAUGUUGCAAAAACAAACGGCUGCUGCAGCGGCUGCGGCACAACAGCAACAGCAACAGAUGAUGAAGCGUGGCGCCAACGCCUACGCCACACAAUCAUCGGCAGCAGCGGCGGCGGCAGCAGCAGCAGCAGCUAUGCAACAACAACAGCCCGGCCAACGGAUGCACCCAUCCAAUGCUGCAUUAGCGACUGUGCAGGCUUUGACAAAUACGUGGAUGCAGCAGCAGCCUCUUAUUCAUGCACAAAUGUUGGCUUCGCAGGCGCAACAGUCACAUCCCAAUUCACGUGCCCCACAAUAUCAACGCAGUCCAAUGGAGAAUAUCCUGCUCGGCAAUCGGCCGACCUAUGCUGCCUACAAUAAUCCAGCGAUUUCGAUGCAACCCGUGAAUAGUCACAAUCAAGCGAAUGCGCCGCCGCCAUUGGUGCGCUCUGGCGCUGGCCAAAGCGCCAACCAUAUGUCAAAUGUCGAGCAAACUAUGCUGCAACAACAAACACAACAGCAACAACGACACACCUCUUCCUCCUCGUCCCGUUCCCCCUCUGCUUCUUCCCAUGCGUCUGCUACUCAUACACCCAGCAGCCAGUCCCUACCCCUUUCCCAUGUUCACGCUGCCCCUGGCGCGCCCAGUGCCUCUGCCAGUCCAUACAAUUUCAAUUUCCCCUCUACUGCCGCCGAUAUGGCCUUCUGGAAUCAAUUGACGCCCGCCCAACGCCUGCUGCUUACCCAGCAAAUCAAAAGCAAUGGCACUGUCUCAGGAGCUGUUGCUGCUACCAGCACAGAGCGUUCGAACAGCCUCAGUACCGUUGGCAGUCUUGGUGCCAGCAAAGCUCCAGGUUUUCCUAUUUUCCCAUCGCUGCCUUUAGACACUGAUCUGAAGACUAUGCUGGACUAUAAUCCCCACAAGCAUAGCAACAAGAACAGUACGUCCACAUGCACCACCAAUAAUGGACAGUUCACGAAGCCUUCGGUACCGCCACUAAUUCCAGUGAGUAGCUCCGCGGAAGCGCCUAGUAAGCGCAGUUCGACUAGCACGACUAGCUCGUCGCGGCAUACAAGCUCUUCCUCAUUGACCUCCUCCUCAUCAGGUUGUGCCACAGUGCCGUUGAAUUCAACAGCGUCACUGGAAGAUUUCGAAAAGAAGUUCAAAAUGACUGAUGAAAUGAAAGCGGUGGUGCAGAAAGUACUAUCCAAUCCGGAUCUAUCCACAUUCAUUCAGACGAAUUCGUCUCAAAAUUUUGUUCCUUUUAUGUCGCCACCCAUUUCGCCCGCGCCCUCACUGUCCAUUGUGCCUAAUCCGAAUGUGACCAUUACGCCCCACAUUCCCUCACAGUAUUCGCAUUCGCCACACUCAUCUGCUAGUGGUGGCAGCAGUAGUGGACGUCAGAAAAGCGUCAUUUGCUCCACCAGCGCAGCGCUGAACGUGCCUCCCUCACCCUCCACCUCGAAUUCUACCUCAACCCCCUCUCCAUCGCCUACGCGAUCGCACGGCUCGUCCGCCUCGAGUACUGGCGGCACGGGCAAGAGUGGCAGCCACUACUCCUCGCAACACUAUAACAGCCACCAAAACCACCACUCCUCCCACCAUCACCACCACCACAGUCAAAACCAUAGCCACCACCAACAAAACCAUCAUCAGAAUACCCCUCCAAUGGAAGUAAUCGAUUUGUCUUCCCCCCGAAGGUCGGUGCAAGCUGCCUCCGCCUACCUGCAACAGCAGCAGGAAGCACAUCAAGCUGCCGUCGCAGUAGCACAACAACAACAACGCAUGGCGGCCGCUGCUCAACAUCAUGCACAGCAAAAUGGCCGCGCCAGUAGUAGCUCCUCGGCGAACGCCAACUCCGCCAGCAUGCACCUGCAGCGACAUGCGGCGAUGGCCGCAGCUGCUGCCGCGAAUAAUGCGCAACGGCUAUCAAUCAUACCGGAGAUGCAACAGUACGAGCGCGCGGCGAACAACAUGGGAAACCAGCCGUACAAGGUGCAGAAGGUAUAUGUGGACAACCGCCUGGUGCCGUGCAUCAACAUGAAGGCGUACAAUGACUCCGAUCAACUGAUGACA